AUGAACCCCACAAAUCCGACUCCCCCCGGCGGGCGUUACAGCCGGGCCGCCCGCUCACGUGGACGGCCGCACCACCGUGUUGCAAGCUGCCCCCUGUCUCCCCCCCCAGGUGAGAAGCCGUACCGCUGUGGAGUCUGUGGGGCCCAGUUCAACCGGCCGGCGAACCUCAAAACCCACUCACGGAUCCACUCAGGGGAAAAGCCCUACAAGUGUGAGACCUGUGGCUCCAGCUUCGUGCAGGUCGCCCACCUCCGGGCCCACGUGUUGAUCCACACGGGUGAAAAGCCCUACCCUUGCGAGACGUGCGGGACCCGCUUCCGGCACCUACAGACACUCAAGAGCCACAUCCGGAUCCACACGGGCGAGAAACCAUAUCACUGCGAGACCUGCCACCUGCACUUCCGGCACAAGAGCCAACUGCGCCUGCACCUGCGGCAGAAGCACGGGGCCGUCACCAACACCAAGAUUCGCUACGCGGUGCUGGCCGGCCCGGCCAGCGCCCGCUGCUGAACGGGGACCGUGCUUCCUCCCCCUCCCAUCGGGGGCAGGAGAGAGACACCGCUCUCCUCCCCCACCCCGCAUGGCUGCCGCCUUCGCUCCUGCCAGCAGGGAGCGUUGUCUCGGGGUAGGGGGAAUUCCUGUCCCGUCGGGAGGGGCCCGCUGGUCGUGAACCCCUUUCAUGGCAUGUGUUGUCCUGGGGUGUCUGGGCUGGGGUGCUAUGGGACGUGGGGGGGGCUAUGGGAUGCAGGAGGGUGGUCUCUCUAGUCUAUAGAGGACCCAGUUCUCCGUGUGUGUGUGGACGGAGUGUAUAUGCACCCUGUGUUUUGAAGUGGGUCUGCCAUUUUCCCUGCCCCCCCCCCCCAAGCUGGGGAGGGAACCCAGGAGUCCUGGCUCUCAGCCCCCCCCCCUGCACUAACACACCACUCCCCUCCCAGAGCUGGGGAGGGAACCCAGGACUCCUGGGUUCUUUAAGUGUGGCACAGGAAGUGAUGUCAGAGCUCUGCAGGCAGAGCAUCCUGAGAGACCACACCCCCCACUUGUUUUAGCUACUUAAUUUUCAGUUGAUUUAUGUUUUCUUCUGGAAGACAAUAUCUCAUUUGGUUAAACCAGUUUCAAUCCAGAGUCACUCUGAAUUCUCUCCUACCCUGGACAUCUCUAUGGACAACUGAUGACGCUGGCUUGAUGUUGGCUUAACUGAAAUCAGCAGUUGCCAGUUGUGCAUAGACUUCAGUGAAGUUCUAAUCACGAUCUAAAUCUGGGAGGAGUGACUGAUUUAACCACCCUGGAAGUCUCUCUAGCCAGCUCACUGUGGUGCUGCAGUUUUGGUGACACUAGUGUCAACCCAGAGGCACUCCAGUUAAGUUCUCAGCGAGGUUGGACAUCUUUAGGGACACCGGAUGUCUCUGGUUUGACAGCAGUUUAAUCAAAAUCAGGAGUCACUAGCUGUCCAUGAAGACCUCAAAGACAUUCUAGUCCAGUCUCUAAACUUCUGUGGAUUGACUCUGGAUUGACUCUGAUUUUACUAAAAUCCAGAUUCACCAUUUGUCUACAGAGUCUUUACUGAAGAUCUAGCCUACCCUAGAAGUCUCUAUGGACCACUGGUGACUCCAGAGUUUUUUUAAGCCAGUUUUAAUACAGAGUCACUCCAGUUAAGCUUUCCCCUACCUACAAUGUCUCUAUGGACAACUGGUGACUCCAGCUUGAUGCUGGUUUAAGGUGUUGUCUUUUCUUUUUCACAAAGGUUCUUUAAAGAAUUAAAUGUAUUUUUUUGCUGACAGUGGCUUUUUCUGACCUGUAUCUAUCUAUAUUUUUUUAAUUACUCCCCAAGUUGAGGGGUGUAUUUUUUGUUACUUUUAAUUUGCUUUGCAAUGUUAGUGCUUGGAGCAAAUGGAAAAGGUGUUUGUAGCUCGGCCACUUGACCCUGUGUUAGUUAGUUGCCCGCUCUAGAUGGUCCUAGAGUCGUAUUGGGGCAGGUCCGUUGCAAAAGGGUUCUUGAUGUGUUGGAGAUCUCUGGAAGCGUGAGGUGUAGCAAAGCAAGGAGUUGGAUCCUAAGGUCUGGGGACAUUCUGGAGAUUAUCUGGUUGGAGUCUAGAACCUAAGGUAUCCGGUGUUCAGGGCUAUGUUAUCCAGCAUUUAAAUGUUCCACCUUCUGAGUGUAAAAAGAAGAACAGGAGUACUUGUGGCACCUUAGAGACUAGAACACCCACAUUUAUCUGGAUAUGGGAUCAUGGGAUCCAGAACAUUUGAGGUGUCUUGUCUACUGGAUUGUGGGUUCUAGACUGUGUUCUUCUGGAGUCUACAUAUUCCAGCUCCAGAGUCCAGAUCCUCUGAGGUCUUCUCUUCACGGAAUCCUGGGUUCCAGAAUCUGUAUUUUCUGAAUCUAAAUAUUCCAUCCACUGAGUCUGGAGCCUCUCGAAUCAAAGGUUUCAGGAGCAGAGGCUCUGGAUUGUUAAAAUGUAGAUGAUCCAGGUCCCCAUCACAUAUUGCCUCUGAGGUCGUCUGGCUAUGGGUUCCUGACUUCCAGGCCUUUUUCUCAAUAAUACCUCUCCAGAUACUAGAACCUCUGAGGCCUCCUGUCUACCAGAUCCUGGGUUUUAGGUUCUUUGGAGUCUCUGUCUCCAGAUUGUGGAACCGCUCAGCUCAAGGGCUUCUGGAGCAGGGGUUCUAGAUUAUUAAUCUGUAACCCUUCCAUAUUCACUUUGCCAGAUGGCCUUUGGGCAUUUCAUAGAAUCAUAAAAUAUCAGGGUUGGAAGGGACCUCAGGAGGUCAUCUAGUCCAACCCCGAAAGCUCAAGUUCUGGAGACCAAAGCUAGAGUGACGCAGAGUCUCUGGUCCCAGCUAAGGUUCUAGAUUGUCAUUGGAUGAGUCUAGAACACAACUGAUUGAUGGGCUGUAUCAUUCAAUCAGGAAUCCCUCUGGAUCUGGAAUACUGCAGGGUGGAAGAUAUUUGGCACGGAUGGGGGAACAGAAGAGCUGAUGCAAUACGUUGCAAAGACUGAGACCCCAUCCCCUACUCCCCCAAAACAAUUAAAGUCAGAGCAGGUUACUGGGGCAAGAGAGGGAUCUGGGAUCACAGUGGCCCUAGAAUAAAGCUCAAAACUUCAGCAACAACUGGUCUUUGCUGCUCCAGAAGAGGUCUGGAACCUCUGGUGCUUCACGGUAUGUGGGGAAAAGGGAGGGAGCUGUGGUUUUGGAAUGAGUUGGGAAGUUUAUUGCCUUCCAAUUGCCAGGGGGAAAAACAAAUGGGAAAAGAGUCUAGAAUAGCAUAGUCUAAAACAACCUAGGAAUGGAUACAAAUAUCAGUGGGUAGCCGUGUUAGUCUGUAUCCACAAAAACAACUCCUUGUUGUUUUUUUAGGAAUAGAUAGUGUGGCGUAGAAUGGAUAAUGGAACCUACAAUCAAUGUAGAGUAAAGUCUAGAACAGAUAGUGCAGCCCAGAAUAGAUAGUCCAUUCUAGAACUGAUGCCAUAGGAAUGGAUUGCAUGGUCUAGAACAGAUUGCCCAAUCGAGAAUCAAUAGAUUGGGAAGGGUUAUGCCAGCCUAGAACGGAUCACCUAGGAAUGAAAAGACCUGUCUAGAAAGAUAACACAAUCUAGAACACAUAGUCUCUGAACAGUUUGUGCUGUCUGGAACAGACUGUGCUGCCUAUAAUGGAGAGUACAACCUAGGAUGGCAAGCAUAAUCUAGAAUUCAUGAACAAGAAAUGGAUAACACCACCCAGGACUGCACAGUCUAGUACUGAUAACCUAGGUAUGGACAGCCCAGUCUAGAAUGAUAGCCCAAAUCUAGAAACCAUAGUUUAGGAAGGGAUGCCGCAGCCUGGACCAUAUAGCACCAUCUAGAAUGGAUAGCAUAGUCUAGAACAGAUCGGCCAAUCUAGAAUUGAUAGCUUAGGUAGGGAUACCACAGCCUGGACCCAUAUAGCACCAUCUAGAAUGACUAGCCUAGGAAGGCUAGCACUUUCUAGAAUGGCUAAUCCAGUCUAGAAGGUUGGGUGGUUUAGAUUGGCUAGCCUAGGAGUAGUCUAGACCUGAUAGGUUGGGAUCAGGUGACCAUCCACACAACGGGACUGUAGACGGACCAGGAACACACACAUCUCCCAUCUCCUACUCCCAACCUAGUCGGGGUCAGUUCUUCUCUCUAUCACGCACAGGUUCACCCAACGAUGGGACUGGUUCCCAUUACCAAGGUAGUCUUUGCCGCUGGGUAGAUACACAGGGCAGCCUAGAGGGGACAGGCCCCGUGUCCCAUCCCCCACCCCCUGAGCUGGCCAGUCGCCCUGUCAUGGGGCUGGAUAUGGAGCCGGCGCCCCCUAGAGGGGACCGGCCCCGUGCCCCAUUCCCUGCUCCCUUGAGCCAGCCAGUCCCUGGCCUGGGGCCGGGUGGGAGCCGGCGCCCCCUAGAGGGGAAAUGUAACAGUUAUUCCUAGUGCUGGCUACUGGAGAGGUGCAGUGGCAGAUUUAACCUCCUGCCACCCCCUCGUAGUUCUUCUGGGAUUUGAACCCCCCUGCCCCACCCCCAGUUACAAGCACAUGUUGCUGGGAAACAUGCAAACGGGGGUAAAUUGCAGAGGUGGGACUAUUCUAUAUUGACACCGAACACUGUGGGACAAAAUGUACUUUCAAGUCACGGCUCCGCCUCAGUGGUCCGGUGGGGGAGGGGUUUGGGUCGGGCGGGGGUUGGGGGGUGUAUUUUGAGCGGAUUUGGGGGUAUCUGUCAAAAGCUGGUUCUGGCCCCACACCCUGUAGCACCUCAACCCGCGGCUCGGUGGCUGCUUUCAAUAAAGCUGUUUUGGACA